AUGGUCAAAACCACGAUUCUUGCUAUUUUCAUGGUUCUUCUUGUUUUAGGGACGGUGAUGGAGUCUCAAGGACAAGAAAUGUGUCAUGAUUAUAUUAGAGGACCAGAAAUUUGCCAAGCUAAACCAUGUGAUGAUCGGUGUAAAGCCCAGUAUAAUGCAUCUGGCUGGUGUUUAGGAGGCACAGUGUGUCUCUGCACUUAUAUUUGUAAAACUUAA